GACUUUAUACUGGAGGAAACCAGUUGAAUCUCUGAGAGAGCACCAACUCUCAUCUAAAGAAGGCAAAGAAGUUUUGCUGAACAACCUGCAGGCCCUGGGAAUUGAUGAAGCACCAGAAAAGAAAUUCUCAAGACCCCAGCUUUAUUUUUCAUGUAUUCUGUAAUUCAAAUAUGUGAUGGCUUCAACAUUAAGGCCUUACUCUUAAGUUCUGGAGGGGAACCAGGAGCAUUGAAAUGUUUGGAGAUCUGUAGGACUUCUUCUCUAAGUGUAUCCCCGCUUCAGAAAAACUGCUGAAGCAUUACCGUAAAUUCAGAUGAUUCAACAGAUGCUUUAAUAGGGACAACAGAGAGCUGACCUGGAUCAUCAGGCUUAGUGGUCAUCAUAGGAGUAAUGGGAGCUAUAGAAAUACCUCUCGCUGCGUACUGUGCUGUCUUCUGCCUCCUUCAGAUGGUAGCAGUCACUUCAGAACAAUUCACCGUGACUAGCUUACAGAGAACAGUCCUGGCUCCACUGGGUGAAAACCUUGAGCUCAGCUGUCAGUUGAUCCCACCACAACAAGCACAGCACAUGGAGAUCCGCUGGUUCCGGAAUCGCUAUACAGAGCCCGUGCACCUGUACAGGAAUGGUAAAGACCUGCAUGGAGAAACUGUCUCCAAGUAUGUGGAGCGGACAGAACUUCUGAAAAACGACAUUGGAAAGGGGAAAGUGACCCUCAGGAUCUUAAAAGUGACAGCCGAUGAUGACGGAUCUUACCACUGCUUCUUCAAAGAUGGCGAGUUAUAUGAGGAGCACAUCACAGAGGUCAAGGUCACAGCCACAGGCUCAGACAUACAGAUUCUUAUGCAUCCCCCUAAUAUCAAAGGUGUGAUGUUGGAGUGUCAUUCAGGAGGUUGGUUCCCACAGCCUCAUAUGGAGUGGAGAGACAGCAAAGGAGAGGUCAUCCCAGCUACAUCAAAGUCCCAUUCGCAGGAUGAAAACAAAUUGUUCAACAUGAAAAUGGCCCUCCUUAUUGAAGCCGGUUCCCAUAGGAAUGCCACUUGCUACCUUCAAAACCUUCUAACUUACCAAGAAGAAAGCAUAAGUAUUGUCCUAUCAGGUGAACUGUUUUCAUGGAAAACGGUUUGGAUAAUGAUGCUGAGCACAAUAGCCCUCAUGCUGAUAGCCUUCUACCUGACGUACUGCGUUCAGCAGCAUCUCAUACAAGGAAAAGUUGUGAAGGAGGAGUCACUAUCUACCCUGGACAAUGGUCUAUGUGAGUCUGAUCAAUCUGAAGGUAGCUACUGCAUGAGAAUUUGUCAUUGGUUAAAGGGCCCAAUGGUAUUCAUGAUUUCCAUGUGUGCAAUUGUAGGAGUCAUGCUCAUUUUGCAUCUAAAGCAAAGAGUCCCAGCUUCAGAUCCACAUUUUGAAUUGGACGCUCUGUGGUUGGAAGAUAUUAGUGUGAUCCUGUGUGUGCUGAUAGUGUUCAUCCUCAAGCUCAUUUCAAUCAUUUACUUCAGGUUGGAAGAAAUUGAAUAAAGUCCUAAAUGGCUUCUACUUCGAUGCAUCCAACCAGAAAAGUAUCCCAGAGACCACCAGACAAAUGAAGCAUCUGAAAGUAGAUAUAAAAAUUCAUCUAGGGGAGAUGUUUCAAGAAGAGGAAGCCUAUAACAUGGGAAGACAUCAAGACUUCCAAGACCUUGGAGAAACAAUGAGGACAAAAUAAGAUGACUUUCCGUUUUCCUUGGCCCUCUGUUGACUAUUGUUAUAAUUCUCUAAUGCAUAUCUAUAUUAGUUAGACUAGCCACGUACGUUAACAUUGAAAAAUUUACAGGGGAGAUAUGUAGGAGACAUAGGUAAGCACCAGGAAAACCAGCUGCAUUAAAUACACAAGGUUAUCUCUUCAAAUGGAGAUAUGUAUUACUUUUUAGUUUUACCCAGAAGGUGAGGAGAGGAGAAGAUUAAUACCCUGGUAACCUCUGUGUUAUCUGUAUGGCAGGUCCGCACCAGCUUCCCUAGCCUCUUAUCUCAAGUUUGUUUAUCUCAGUUUAUCUAUUACACUGUCCUCCUGCAUAUCCUUAUCAAGACCUUUGUUUACCUUGAUUAAUUAAUUAAUUAAUUUUGUGGAAGAUGUCACUUGGAGUUUAUAUUAGUUUUGAUGUAAUCAUAUCUUAAGCUUUGCUGUGCACAUGAUAUUGAGUUAAUUAUAACCAAAAAAACUUUUUUCAAAUUGUGCUGUCCUAGUAGGUGUCUGAAAUAAGCUAAUCUGUGUCAGACACUCAAAGUUUGGGCCAACACUACACUGACUCCUGAGUCUUGUUGAAACAAAUUACCUUUUCUCACACAGAUUGACAUUCUGCUGGAAUUGGUGAUUGCAUAGAUGCUCCCCCCCACACACAUACAAUUUCCCUUUAUCCUUUCCUUCAAUUUCUCCCUUCCCCUGACCCCAUUUCUUUUUCGUCUCAUGGCCUCUUGCUCUUUAAGAAGACCUGGGUUGUUUAUUUUCCAGCACCACAUUGUAGUUCAUAACCAUCUAUAACUCUAGUUUUAAGGUCUCCCCUAUAAGCCUCUGUAGACAUUGGCCACACACACAUGGUGUACAUACAUAUAUGUAGGCAAACAC